AUGGCGGCUAUCAGAAUUUUUSCAAGAAAAAAUGUUCACGUUUAUAGGGAUUCUUUACGGACGUUAAGUACAAGGGCUAAUGCUGCUGUUGAUAGARGAAACCUUGGAAAAAAAUAUACGUCUGUGAUAAUUUCAGAAAGCGACCCGAAUAACCAUUCAAAUUCUCAUCUUGGYUGUUUUUACUCAAUACCUGAAGAUGAAGUAAGGAGUAAACUUCAUUAUUGUCUUCCAAAAAGAUACACAGCUCAGAAGAAAUUGUUUGGUAGUGAUUAUUUGAUGGUAAGAAAACCAGCCUUASAAGUCAUACAACAMCUGAAUAAUUGGAAACCUGGUGAAAAUCAACCAAAGUUUGUCUUUUAUGGUGAGGCAGGCUGUGGUAAAACUCUUUCCUGGGCUCAUGUUGUUCAUUCUGGUUUAAAAGCRGGUUGCUUUAUUUUACUUGUACCCAGUGUAUUUCGCUGGGUUCAUAAUAAGAAAGGUGUUCAGAUAUCAAAGAGCAGAGAGGAUAGAUUUGAUCAGCCCGAGGAAUCCGCACAAUGGCUUAAAUUGACCAGAGAAAUUAAUACAGAUUUUCUAAGUAAGAUCCAGACAAGUCAGAAUUACUCCUGGGGAAARCUUGACUCUACUGAGAAAGGGAAAUCACUUCUUAGUGUGAUUGACCAGGGKUUAAAAAGAAUCAACUAUGCACCAGAUGUUGUUGGUGUUGUUUUAAAAGAACUUAGAAAAGAAACAAGUUUAAAAGUGUUGUUUGCUGUYGAUGAGUUUAAUGGGUUYUUUGGAAAUACUUCUUUCAAGGAUUCUAAAGAUAAAUGGAUUCAACCCAAAGACCUGAGUCUAGUUCAUCACUUCACUAAGCUCUUGCAUCCUCAAGAUGGACUACCUAAUGCAGCCAUGGUAUUUGCCUUAUCUCGCACUGGGAUAGAAAGAAGUCAUAACCAAUCUUGUCAUGUUAGCGACCUAUUGGGAAAGGAUGGGGAAUCAGCUAUUUCUCCAUUCACGGAUGUUCAUGUUCCACAAUAUUCAACAAAGGAACUAGAAAUGUGUUUGAAAUUUUACCAAGAAAGAGGCGCGUUUACAAAAGAACUGACUCCAGAUGUUGUGAAGGAGAUCUCCAUAUUAUCUGCAAACCAGGGACAUCAUGUCAGUCUUGUCUGUGGACCAAGAUAGUUUCAAAACUGCGAAUUAAUCGAGCGUUUUA